AUGGUGACAGGUUCGUUGGGCGCAGAGCGUGCUGGAAGAUCGCCUUUUUCGCAUUUACUUUCCUCUCUGUCUCCCUUCAUUAAUUGCCAUUCUCUUUCUAAACGAUAUUUCUUUCUUUCUUUCUUUCUUUCUUUCUUUCUUUCUUUCUUUCUUUUAUCUCGAUUGCCUUUUUCGCAUAUCGCCUUUCUCUCAUUUACUUUUCCUCUCUUUCUUUCUUCAUUAAUUGCAAUUCUCUUUCUAAACGAUAUUUCUUUCUUUCUUUCUUUCUUUCAUUCUUUUCUUUCUUUCUUUCUUUCUUUCUUUCUUUCUUUCUUUCAUCUAGAUCGCCUUUCUCGCAUUUACUUUUCUUCUCUUCCUUCCUUCAUUCAUUGCCAUUCCUUUUCUAAACGAUAUCGCCUUUCUCUCAUUUACUUUUCCUCUUUUUCUUUCUUCAUUAAUUGCAAUUCUCUUUCUAAACGAUAUUUCUCUCUUUCUUUCUAUCGCCUUUCUCGCAUUUACUUUUCCUCUCUUCCUUCCUUCAUUAAUUGCCAUUCCUUUUCUAAACGAUAUUUCUUUCUUUCUGUCUUUCUUUCUUUCUUUCUUUCUUUCUUUCUUUCCUUCCUUCUUUCUUUCUUUCUUUCUUUCUUUCUAAUCUACAUUUUAUUCAUCUUUUUUUUCUUAAAUUGGUCGUUCUUUUGCUUCUUUAUUUCUCUUAGUUUAGUUCUUUCUUUUUAUUUCCAUUUUCCUUUCGUUAUCCUCAUUUUCUAUUCUUUCUUUCUUUUUUCUCUCUUUCUUUUUAUUCAUUUGUUCUCUCUCCUUCUCAUAUUCCUUUCCCUUUUCUCCCUUCUUUUCUUCCAUUUUCUUUCCAUUUAA